CCGGCUGGUGCGGUGGCAUUUUGAAUAAUGCAUCACAAUUAAUUUGCACUUUUUUAACUACAAACUUUACCUUAUAUCGGAUUAAAGGAUUAGUUAAUUCCCUGAUAACUGGUUGGAAUGGAGCCGUCCACCUCGUCGUAUGGUGUCAUUCCCGAAAAAAACUUGAAAAUUUGGGGAACAUUUCAAGACGUGGGGGCUGGCGGAGAGAAGAUUUUGAAGACGGCAAAAUUGGCACAUGUUGCCAACUACGACCAUGGAUUCGUCGUCACCAUGACCGACGAAACUUAUUGUUUCACCCGUGCCGGCGCCGGUGGGUACAGGAUUUCCAAAAUUCGGGAACUUUCCGGUAUCCGGGUUAAAGAAUUGUCUUGCUUCCGCCGUCAAUGCCAAAUUACAAUUAAUACAAAAUUCAUUCAUGAAGUAACGGGUAGUCUGACGGGGGUCAAAGUACGUCAAGUCGCGUUACCAGGAUGGUAUAAGAGGUGCACCGUGGCGUUAAGCGUGGGCGGGGAAGUCCAUCACUGGGGUUCAGCUUGUGGAAGCAGCAACCACCCUUGGAGACCAACUUCGAUUCCGAGGGAACAUUUUGACUACCAGGACGUCACCUCCAUCACGUGCAGUGCCCAUAUGUGUGUCGCUUUAACUUCAAAGGGAGAGUUGUAUCAAUGGAAAUUCGGCGAUAUGAUGCCACAAAAAGUCUUCAUCGAUGGGUCCGUACCACUUAAAAAGAUAACGGGAACCAGCGACUUUAUUGUUGCACUCACUGUUAAGGGAGAGCUACACUAUGUGGAGAUCAAAGCUUUUUCCCGGUUGUUAGCCAACACUAGGACGAGUGCAUGGAGGGCGAUCUUCAAGGAUUACAAAAUUGAAGAUAUCGCGUCUUGUGGGGCUGAACACGUUGUCGUGGUCGAGUUGAAGGACAGUACACGCUUUGCCUUUUCCUACUGUCAAGAAGACUACCCUGAACGUCCUUUCAUUCCGUCAUUUACAUUGCCCAGUGAUGCGUCAAUGGAUGAGCUUUUUGCAAAAUGUGGUGACACGUGUAACCGCACUAUUUCGGCGCAGAUUGAACCACCGCCUCGACGCCGAGUGAGUGAUGACAUUUGCGACUUGUGGGAGAAUAAGAAACAUGCCGAUGUUGCAUUUUCCGUGGGGGGGAAAGUCAUCACGGCACACAUGCAGAUUCUUGCUUGCCGGAAGAAGUGAAUAUUUCGAAAUCAUGUUCAGCAAAGAGUGGAACGAGGCUAAGGGAGGAUAUUCGGCGAUCGAAGUCAAAGACACGAAACACGACAUAUUUGAAGCGCUGCUCUUCUUCAUUUACAGUGACCAGAUCAAAUUUGAGGAGGACGAGUAUGAAAAUAUUUUCGAACUCAUGAAAUUGGCUGACUUUUAUUGUGACGUCAAUAUUCGUCAAGAAUGUGAGAAAAUGCUGAUGAGCAACAUCAACGCGGAAAACGCUUUCUUUUUGGCGAAAAAUGCUUCCUCGGCUAACGCUUUGACUUUGGAGGGGAAAGUGAUCAAAUUUAUUGUGGAUAAUAUACUUAUCUUAGACACCUCGUCGUCUCAAGAGAUGAUUGAUUCGGUGGGGAUAGACGCCUUCCAAAAAAUCUGGGUCGCCUUACUUCAGCAAUAGCUUCGAGUUUUAAGGGAUUAUUAAAAUGGGGAAACAAUCAUAUCAUUUAAUUACGGAUUAUAAUUUAAAUACUUACAUGCUUAAGAGUUAAUUAAUCAUGUGUUUAAGCAAUGAAAUUAUUUCAACAUAAAUUUCUAAGAUGUAAUAAAAAGCUCGCAUUAUGUAAAUUCUAUUAAAAAAUUAUGUAAUACAUGCUUAUACAUAAGUUACUUGAUAGUGUAUCUUUGUAAUACU